UGAGCUGCUGUUUGGUGUGUACUCUGGCACUCUGCUGCUAUGAAGCUGUCCUGUAGCCUCCACUGAUCUCUCUCUAUAUACUAUGGCUGCUGCUAUUAGCAGUAAAAGCAACAUCAAUGGGAUGACAGUGGGCUCCAUACAGUCUCCAGGUUCCUAUAGCCUGGAUCACAUUAGGAGGCAGCAGCGCAUGGAUCCUCGCAGGAGACAGGCUGCCCUCUCUUUCCUUACCAACAUCUCCUUGGAUGGGCGACCCCUGCAGGCUAAUGGGGUAACCAGGGAGGGUUCUGCAUGUGCAGCAAGCAGGACUCAGCAGACUUCUCAUUUUGCAGAAAAGGAUGCAAUGCACAAUACACCACUCAAUGCAACAUUGCCUGCAAGUCCUAUGCAUCAGGUCCAUGCAUCGCUCAGCAAGUCAGGACUAACCUCUCCAUCAGGACCCUUACCUAUUUCUGCAGGUGGGAGACGGGAGCACAUGGAGCAAGAUAUGCAGUUAAGGAAACACCAAAUAAUUGAGUAUGAUGAGGAAGAAGAGGAUGAUGCCUUUACAAGCAGUGUUCCAGCAUCAGCAGGGAGCGGGGUCCCUGUCCAACCACCUUGCGUAGGUAGCAGAGGCCGUCUUAACUCCCUCACCUCUGCUAUCUUACCAGCUGCUUUUUGCAGGACUUCAGCCACCCCAUUCUUCAGCUGUAAUGACCAAAUACUGAGCGGGACCAGCAUUGCCUUUGAAAUCCAGAGGUCACGGAGACGUCUGAUCUCUCAGCGGUCUUCACUAGAAACACUUGAAGACAUUGAAGAAAAUGCUCCCUUGCGGAGAUGUCGGACUCUGUCCGGUUCACCUAGACCAAAGAACUUCAAGAAGGUCCAUUUUAUUAAGAGCAUGAGGCAGCACGACACGAGGAGUGGCAGAAUAGUCCUUAUAAGUGGGAGAAGAUCAUUCUGUAGCAUAUUUUCAGUGCUGCCCUAUCGAGACUGUGCUUAUAUUGGGGACAUGAAACUGGAAGGAACAAGGCAGCGCCAUUCCUCUGGUGGCAUGAAUACAAGAGAAUUGAUCCUCGGCCUCGAAGGAGUGGAACUUGGUGCUGAUGGGAAGACUGUAUCAUAUACACAGUUUUUGUACCCCACCAAUGCCUUGGGAGCACGUAGGAAUACAAUCGACUCCACUUGCUCUUUUUCUCAGUUUCGUAAUGCAAGUCAACGCAACCUGACCCUGGGAAGAGCCAACAGUAUACAGGGGAGCAUCGAUACAGGUAGUGACAUAGGAGACUUUACCGAGUACGAUCCAAAUCUCCUGGAUGAUCCUCAGUGGCCAUGUGGCAAGCACAAGCGGGUUCUAAUAUUCCCCUCCUAUAUGACCACUGUAAUAGAGUAUGUGAAACCAUCUGACCUCAAGAGGGAUAUGAAUGAAACUUUCAAAGAGAAGUUUCCUCAUAUCAAGCUUACACUCAGCAAAAUAAGAAGCCUGAAGCGGGACAUUCGCAAGCUGGCACAGGAGGAAUGUGGCUAUGAGGAGCCUACUGUGGCCAUGGCGUUUGUAUAUUUUGAGAAGCUUGCAUUGAAGGGGAAGUUGAACAAACAAAACAGAAAGCUUUGUGCUGGAGCCUGCAUCCUAUUAGCGGCCAAAAUUGGGAGUGAUCUCCGAAAACAUGAAGUCAAACACCUGAUUGAUAAACUGGAAGAGAAGUUUCGUUUGAACAGACGCGAGUUGAUGGCAUUUGAAUUUCCUAUCCUGGUUGCCUUGGAGUUUGCUCUUCACCUACCAGAGCAUGAAGUCAUGCCCCAUUACAGACGUUUGAUCCAAAGCUCCUAGCACCGGCUACAUGUCUUCCUCUGGGACAGUGGAGGAGCUCACAGAGCCACAGCUGCUAUUGGACAUGUAUACUAAUGAUUGCAUUAUUACCUACACUGAUUGGAGACAGUCAUAUUGUGAACUGACACAGUAGUCAAAAACACUUUGAAGGCAGAGAUAAGCUGAAUGUCCUGUGUAGGUGACAUUCUAUCCCAUUAUACUGUUCCUCUAAACAUUUCCUAGUCCUGUUUGUAUGCAGGUCCUGUGUGCACGUUUAUACCCAUACAUGACAGUGGGACAU